GAAAAAUGUCCACAAAUGUCUCUGUAGUAAACCAAUCUAUCCAAGUGGUACUGUUAAGAUGUCCAAUUUUAAGGGUUUAGCCCCUUUCCCUUUCAUUCUUUUGGCUGUGGAUCGAGCCCCAUAAAACAGUAUUUACUUUGCUUUGGAAAAAAGAAAGCGAGUGUCUUAAAGUAUACUGUAUAGUUACUGUGUCUUUUCUCCCUGAUUUGCUGAAUCCAAGAUGAGCUGUUUUCAACCUUCAUCAUGCUGGAUUUCCUGUUGUGGAGUUCAAGGCCCAUUGUCCACUGAGACCCUUUUGCAUGAGCCUACUUUGAUGGGUUGCUUCCAGUCGAAGACGAAUAAAGACACACCCGGUUACGAAGAGCCCAUUAUUCUUGCCGCUGAAACACCUUUUACUGUAAGUGAAGUAGAGGCAUUGUAUCAGCUCUUCAAGAAGCUAAGCAGUUCGAUAAUUGAUGAUGGUCUGAUCCACAAGGAAGAGUUUCAGUUUGCACUCUUCAGGAACAGAAACAAAAGGAAUCUUUUUGCAGACAGGGUGUUUGAUUUAUUUGAUGUCAAGCGCAAUGGCGUAAUUGAGUUUGGAGAGUUUGUUCGAUCUCUUGGUGUUUUCCAUCCAGAUGCACCAGUUGAAGACAAGAUUUCUUUUGCUUUCAGAUUAUAUGAUCUCAGACAAACCGGCUUCAUCGAGCGAGAAGAGCUGAAGGAGAUGGUUUUAGCACUUCUGCAUGAAUCAAACCUGAUGCUAUCGGAUGAGGAAGUGGAAAUAAUCGUAGAUAAGACGUUUGAAGACGCCGACUCGAAAAGCGACGGUAGAAUAGACACGGAAGAGUGGAAGCAAUUUGUGAAGAAGAAUCCAUCUCUUAUAAAGAACAUGACAUUACCAUACUUAAAAGAUAUAACGUUGGCGUUUCCUAGCUUUAUACUAAGUUCUGAAGUUGAAGAUUCAGAUGUAUAGCCCUUACAUCAGCCCCACACCGAGACGGUAAUGUUUAUGGCUAGUUUCCAUCAUCAGCACGCAGCACUCCUGGAUCGAAAGCAGUUAGUGGAGAUGACAAGAGUGCACAGCAAGAACUUGCAGUUUUGCUGUGUUCGUGGUGCAAAUGCCUCUAUUAUGAUUCAAGGUCGGGGUUGAAAGAGGGGCAAUACCAGUGUGUAAUUGUAAAUAUAGCAUGUUUUCUGGGGGAUAUUAGUGCUAUGUUCCAGUUAUGGCAAUUUUGUUGUAUAGUAGUUGUGCCGAUCGUAUGAUAUUCCCUGAGUUGCUAAUGCUAUAUAUUUGUAGGUUUGCUGCUUGGUGUUGCUUUGCUUCUUGCUGCAUCCAUCCCAAGUUUUGGACUCAACCAAAAAGAUUGUUCUUACUGAAUGCUAUUCAUUUUCUGUUUUUCGUCCUUACGGCGAGACAUUUCUCAGGAUGCCAAACAUGAAUCUGGACUGGACAAUUUGUGCUCUAUAUGAUUCAAGCCUGGGUAGGAAGUCCCCCACAAUAAUGCAAGAGCUCUUUUCGUCGAAAGAAAUAGUACAACGAUUCUUUUGUUAUCAUUCUUGGAAUUCGUUGUCUUCUCCAUGUAAACACCAUAUUGUAGAACUUUAAUCCAUAAA